AUGGAAAUCACUGAUAAUCCUCCGAAAAGCAUACAAUUCAUUAACGAACAUGGCCAAAUCAUGGAGCAGGAGGUUAAGUAUGAAUGGUUACCGAUAAAGUGUAAGACAUGUGCUGGUUUUGGGCACUCAAUGGCCGAAUGUAGGAAAGAUAAGAAAGUUCAGUGGGCUAGGAAGGAAACAGAACAUCCUUCGGAGGAGGAGCAGGGACCUGGUGAACAUCAGGCUGGAAAGAUAGAAGAAAGUGAGAUUCAGGCUAGUUCAGAAGUUAACAAAGAUCAGGUAGAUCCCGUUGAGUCUGUUUUACCAAACGAAGAGGUUGUGGCUGAGGUUAAGUCUAACCAACCUUGGCGUACCCCUAAACGUAUUGCUGCUCAAGUUAAGGAGGGACAGAGAUCAGUCACUCUUGCUAAUAAUGCAGGUCAUAAGAAUAAGAAUUCUAACAAGUUUGUGGUGCUUCAAGAGCCAAUGGUGAAUGGUAAGGAAGAGACUAAACUGAAGGGUUGUAAAAUAAAUAAGUUCAUGGAAAGUCAGUUUCCGCACUGGGAUUUUCACACCAGUUCCAUCAUCAAAGGUCGUCUAUUAAUCAUUUGGAGAAGGUUAAAUGUUAAAAUCACCAUCUUAGAGGAGUCCACUCAAGUUGUUCACUGUUUGGUGAAGGUGAUGGGAGUACAGCAGGAUUUUGGGGUCUCCUUUGUUUAUGGUUUUAAUUCGAUUGAGGGUAGGCGAAGUCUUUGGGAUGGGCUACAACGGCCUAGUCAUUUGGUUAAAGCUUGGUUAUAUUUAGGGGACUUUAAUGCCCCUUUUUCGAGCAAGGACAGAAUGGGAGGCAAGCCAAUUUCUAACACAGAACUAGCUGAUUCUAUUAAAUGGCUGGCAGUUGCACAUGUUGAGCAAUUACAAAAUAUUGGUUCAUAUUUUACUUGGACCAACAACCAAGAUGGUGCAGCUAGGAUCUACUCAAAAAUAGAUCAUGUUCUGAGUAAUGAAAAAUGUUUUGAUUUAUUUUCUCAGUCUACAACUAUAUUUAGGUGGGAAGGCAUCUCAGAUCCCUGCUCUUGUCUUGUUAGAGUUUAG